AUGGAUUUGGGAAACGAACCUAAUGUUACCACUGUCCAUAUUACAAAUCCAGGUGCAUCGUCUUCUAGUACCAAUCUACAAUCUGAGGAUGAAGUUUUCAGUAUUCAAGAUUUACUCAACGUUAACAUUGCAGAUAGGGAUACAUAUUUAUCUGUUUGUGCAACAUUGUUGAACUAUGAUAACUUAACAUCAAUUAAUGACGACAAAAUUGAAAUAUUUUAUGAAAGAUCUCGUGAUUUAAGCGAUUUAGAAGUUGCUCUUUAUUCACUUAAAGUAAUUACCAAAUUUAAUGCAUGUAAUCCAGAUGUAUCACUUUCAUACUACGAUAAUUUUGAAGAUUUUGCUCAUUUCACUGAUUUUUUUGAUCUAUCAAAGGAUGUUUUUUCAUAUAGCGAGUUUACAGAUAUUAUGAAAGACUAUUUAGUCGAAUUUAUACUUGGAAGUUCUCAAUCAUUGAAUAUUUUAUGCAAUAUUGAUUUCUUUCGUUCAUUUUAUUCCUCAUUUUAUGAUAAAAUCAAAUUCCAAAGGGUAUCUCAACAAGAAAUAGAGAAUUUACUUGAUGUUAAUGAUGCCAUUUUCAAAAUUGCUCAAAAAGAUUUUUAUAGAUCAAUCAAGUUCGAAUAUUUCAUCAUAACAUUUGGGGAACUCUAUGAUAGCUUCUCUGGCGAUAAUUUAGAACGAAUUUCUGGCCAAAUUGCAAUUUAUAUUGCGAAUAAAAAAGAAUUAGCACAGACAUUACAUCUACUUGGAGAAAAAUCAAAUAUAUAUGAUGUAAUGCUUGGAUUUUAUGAAAGAAUGACAGAUUUACAAAAAAUUUGUGUUUCAAAAAUAAUCAAAUUUCUUUCUCAAACUUAUUGUGAUUUACCUUUUUGCAAUUUACCGGAAGAACAAUACAACAUUAUUAAAGAUGCUUUAUCGCAAUUCGUGCAAAGAUUCCCUGAUCAAUGGAUUGAAGCAAGAUUUCAAAAUUCUCCAAUAAAAGCACAACUAAAUUUCUUAAAAUCUAUUUACUUCUUAACAGUAAAUAAUUAUGCUUUUGUAGCAGCAUUCAUUGGAUCAGGAUUUUAUCAAAUAUCCUUGCAAAUGCUGUUUGAAGGUACAAAUAAGCAGAAACUGUAUUCGGCAUGUAUUAUUGCAGCUUAUCUAAAGUCUUUUACCAAUGUUGCGGGUAUUAUUGAUAAUGUUUGCGAAAAUCACUUAAUUAAAGAGAUUUUUGAAGUGACUUAUGGAACUAAAAAAUUCCCCGACGUGCUUUAUAUAAUAAUAGGGAUAUUACUGGAUAUUUCUUCCCAAAUCCCAGAAAAAAUGAAAGAUAUCGUUCAAAAUAAUUUUUCUGAAGAUGAAAUGUUUAUGCUAGAUUUAUUUAUUAACUCAAAUGAUGAACCAACAAUAUCAAGGCGAAUUGCUCUUCAUCUAGUGAAUAUUGUUGAACAAUAUUUAGAAUAA